AUGACCCCAACCAACCCGACGGAAUGGGCCCAGAAGGUCCGCGCCAGGACGCCAUCCCUUCUUGAGCUCGGCAAAGCCGUCCCCAAGCUGGUGUUAAGCUUCGGCGGCUGCGGGUUUCUGGUGACCUAUUCCCUCGGGGUUGCCCUUUACCUCCAACAAGAACGAAAGGCGCUGCUCGCGGAGAGCGUCUUUCUGGGGGCGGGAUCAGGCGUCCUCCCGGCCCUCGCCCUGGCCUGCGGCCCCGCCGCCGUCAACCUUGAGCACCUCCUCCAGUUCAUCCUCGACAACCGCUUCGCCGUGACCGAUGAGGCGAAGCGGCUGGAGGUCAUGACGGCGGGGAUCCACCGCUUUCUCCCGUCGAACGCGCUGGAGCUAGUAGGCGAUCGCCUCGCCCUGACGAUCGGGUUUUCGAAUAGAGACCCGGGCUACCUACGGCAACCCAAGGCCAACAUCCACUUUGGCCACCACAUCGCUCGGUGGGAGGAUUGGGCGGAUUUGGGGCAAAACCUCCUCGCGGCGACCGCGCCCAACACCCAACGCCCGAUGACCUUCCGCGGCGCCUCCAACGUCCUGCGCGGGACGAUGAUGUCGUUGAGCAGUGAGCUCGAUCAGUGCUGCCGGCAUGUCUACAUCCACGGUUAUAUCGGCUUCCGUAGAAACAAAAACCAGGCGCGGCAUAACAUCCUCAUUGGGAGGCAUGGGUUCCUCGGGAAUACCCACUUCUCCUUUCCAAAACAGGCCUUGUUGGCCUUUAUGCCAGUUUUGGGCGGGGAGGAUCGGAAGGAGGAACUUCAGCUGGCGUACGACGCGGGAUACCACGACGCCCGCCGAUAUGAGCGAUGGGAGGAGGAUCCGUACUUUUUUGCGAAGGCCGACCGCUCACCGUGUGACGACUUUAACUUUCGUACCCUUCGGGCCGGUUUCUUCGGUGGAAAGAGGGCUGCCGAGAAGUGGGAAUUGUGA